AUGGAGCAAAGCGCCCUUGAGUUGUAUGUUCGUGCGGUCGAGAGUGGCAAGCAAGGCGAAGGCGGAUUCAAGCCCGAGGUGCAUCCAUGGGUGGCCAGUGAACUCUUAAAAGAUUUCCCUGGAAACCCAUUCACCUCAGCCAAGGUCAAGUCAAAGUAUACUCAGGGAUUCAAGAAGAUAUACAAUGCCUUUGUUGCUUGUAAAGGUGCAAGCGGCUUUGGCUGGAAUGAGGCCAAAUCGAUGGUCACAGCAUCCGAGGAUGUUUGGAAUUCAUUCUUGGUGUUGCACCCAUCUGCGAAGCGAUUCAAAAACACACCAUUCCCUGAGUAUAGCGACUUUCAGACCAUCUUUGAAGGUCACACUGCCCGAGGAGAUAUGCAUCAAUCGCCAGGCACAGAAACCAACAAGGAAUCUGCUGCACUCGAGACCGCUGAUUCUGGAAACCUGCCCGAAACCUUGGAAGCAACUCGUGCACCCACUCAACGACCUGGUGUCCAACCACCUCGCCGACACCGCAUCACAUCGGGUGACCGGUUUGAAAACUCAAUCGAUCAGCUUGUUGAUGCUUUUAUAUCAUCAAACACCAAAACGGAAUCACCUGCAAGCUCGCCGAUUCACCUCGCUUUGGAGAAGUUUCAGGAGAAGUUUGCUGAUGAUCUUGGGUUGGACGAGCUUGUUGCUGGUUUCAGCGUUUUGGAAAGUGAUUCAAAGGCUCAAUGCUUUCUAGCGAUCAAAAAUGAUGAUCAUGCUCGGGCCUGGAUCAAUAGGCAGAUUGCAAGCAAGAUGGUUCCCGACAGUUGA